CUGCCAGAAGAUGGCAGCCUCGACCACAUGCUUGAGCGAAAUAAAUAAAUAAAUAAAUAAACAUGACAUGUAGGGAUAUAUAUUUUUGCAACGAGGGGGGAAGCUGAAGAGAAAAAAAAAAUCCCCGGAUUGGACCGUAAACAAGAAGCAUGAGAGAGUGUCGGAUACGGACAGAUGGCAGGCUGAGGUCUCUGUGGCUCCUGCUGCAGGCCGACAGGGAGAGCGGAAAACACCGCGACGCUGUUUCAGGGCGUUCAUGUUCAGACACCAUCCAGCACUUGCUGGGAACAUUCAAAGGAAGCUACUCUGAUACCUUCAUGUAAGAGGGGAGAUAAAAGGCACAAUAAACCACACAGAGGCUGGGGAAAGUCUACAACAACUAGGACCUACAUCCUCCACAACGGUCUAAGUCCUUUGUGGACUAUGGUGGACAUUUCACAUCUCUCUAUCCUUUACCGCCCAGGAGAGGUGACGGAGGAUUAAAUCACAUGCUCCGUUAAGAGUGAUCGCAAACCAAACCUGCAGAGACCUCAUUCUCCAGUGCUAGAGACGCCCUUGAAUCCUUUCCGGGAGCUUAGAGCAACACAAACUUUCCCAAGUAAUUUGCUUAUCACACGCAGAGGAAGCUCUUUUACGCAGAUAAAAGUCCGAAAGGUUUUUUUUCAGUGAGGGCCCCCCUCAAAAAAAAAGAGACCCAGCGGCAGCCCACUGGAGGGUCUCAGAGCAGCCUUUGGGGAACAUUUACUCGAAGGAAAAGACAAGACAAGGUGACAGAGGUGAUGGGUAACAAGAACUCCAACCCGCCGAAAGGUCUUGACACUGCGACUCCACAGAAAGAGGAAGGGGUGUUCAUCAACAGUGUGACAGGAAGUGUCUCUAGAGAUGGACCGCCGGGCCCCAGCACAGAGCUGCUGGCCUCUCUGCAGUCCCUCGGAGAAAACAGUGACUACACGCUGCUGCCACACUCCCUGCACCAGAUCGCAGUGGCCUACUCAGUCAAAGAAGACUACCAAUGGGCCAUCCAGUUCCUACAGCUGGAGAAGCUCUACCACGAACGUCUGCUGUCCAACCUCGCGGGCCUGCAGGAGAACUGGGAGAGCCAAUGGAGGGAGAGGAACGCUGAGAGCAGUUUGCCCGCUGAUACAGACAUCAGUCAGAAACACAUUGAGACUCUGAGCCAGAUCUGCAGGACACACCUGGGACCAUCCAUCAGUGUGGAACAGAACACACUGAAUACAACGCAGGAAGACAUUCAGAGCAAAAAGGAGACACCAGAGUCCUGUCAUGAAACAGUCACCAAGCCUGAAACCACACACCAGGAUGAAGAAGAAGAGCAAAGCAUGAGCUCAGAAUCAGAGCUGUCGUUACCACAGACAGGUCACCAGCAGGAAGAUGAAGAAGAGGAUGGAGAGGAAGAACAGGCGUAUGAGGAGGGGCAGGAAGUAGAAGAGGAGGCGGAGCCGUGUGAGGAGACGCCAGAGGAGGAGGUGAAGGUGGAGUGGCCAACGGGAGUCCCCCAGGCUUCAGACAAGGAUCUGGCCAAGCUGUCCCACUCAGAAGGGAGUUCCUGCCCUGAUGGUCUGGUCUCUAUCUUGAAGAGGAGGAGAGCGUCGCUGGACGGACUGCCUCCCCCGAGCGACAUAGCAAAGAAACAGAGCUCCAAACGCAAAGUUCGCUUCAGUGAGCCAGACGAUGGCAUUGAACAAGAUGAGGUAGGUGGAGACUCCUGCCUGAUCCUGCUGCUGCUGUGUCUGGUCACCGUGGUGAUCAGCAUAGGCGGGACUGCUUUCUACUGCACCCUGGUGGACACUUACUCCAACAUUUGCACCGACUUCACUCACAACGUCGACUUCUAUGUCAUGAACGUUCGGAGGUUCUUCGAAGGGCUCGGACACUGGCUGCACCUCCGGACUUAGACCCUUUCAUCUGUAAUCCAGACAAGAGCUAUGUCAGACAUUUGUUUUAUACUGGACAGUGUACAAUAGAGGGAGAGAGACGGUGAAGCCAAGAAAGUUCCUGAGCUUAGACUGGGACAUACAGGCAGUAAUCUGAUGCUGCCAUCCAGAUUAUUUAAUGCUUCGAUUUCUUCUACAGUCAGCAAAAGAGCUCACCUUCGUUGGCUUGCUAAGACUUGUGAAUUUGAUGAAAACGGACAAAGAUUUAUGUAUAACUGACCAGGUGCUCGAAGCAACAACAAACAGUAAAAACUGUCACAUUUCUUCAAGUCAGAAGAAAAAAAAAAUGUCAUGACGUGUGCAUGUUGUGAAAUGAGAGUUCAAAAAAAAAAAAGAAAACUCUUGUUUACUACUGUCUGUGUGGAUAUUUCAUCUUAAACUGACCCUUACAGAGACCACACAAGAGGGCUCACAACUUUCAAUGAUAUUUAUAUUUUAACAGAAAAAAAUAGUUUAUCUGUGUAUUAGUUUCCUUCUCUUUUAUAGCAGUUAGUGGUUGUAGAUAAUUUUGUCUUUUUUGUUCCAGAAGCUUUAUUGUUCUGUCCAGUUUUGGUUUUAUUUUGACUUAUACAGAGAGAAGCUGUCAUUAUAAUCAUUAGGAUCAUACGUGUGUGUGUGUUUUUUUUGUUGUUUUUUUUUGACUGAUUGGGCCAAAUGAUUAUUUUUUUCCUUUUAAUUUUGUAAUAUUAAUAUCUCUGCUAAAUUAAUAUACCAUAGGGCUGUACAGCUAUAUCAAACAUAUUAUACAGGUGUUACACAUUUUGAAAAAAGGACAGAAAGAUUUUGUUACUUUUUACAAAACACUGAUUCCAGAUACAGAUGAGCCUUUAUUAUCCUGGAAAGGAUCAUUUCAUAAAUGCAUUUUUACCUCAGUACAAGUUCUUACUCUCAACAUUCCUCCUACCAUCUUAAGGCGACCAGUUCAUAAAGAUUAUACUUUAUAUGUGAUAUUGUUAUAUGUACAAAGUGCCCUAUUAAAAACAGAGCACAGCCUAUAUGAAUGAUGCUGUACGUGUAGGUUCAGGAAGAGUGCAGCUCUCGGUAUGAAGACAUCAAGUCUGACACCUUACAUCAAUGCAUUUCAGCGUAGUCAUCAGUAUGCAGUACAGUCAUCUUACAGCCGCUCCACAAACUCAGGCUCUUACAGCUGUGUUUAUACUUUUGGUGCUCCAGUGUUUUCAUGUUCAUCCUUAAGUGUGUCACAACAAAAUUCCUGUUCUGUAUCUGGAUUUAUGAUCAUAUCCAGACUCCUCCUGCAGUGUGCAAACAGUUACACCCUGAUAUUAAAAGCCCAAAGCAUGCGUGUGUGGAUUGUAUCUGCAUAGGACACCAGCUCACAUUCAAAAGUACAUCAACAAUAAAUGAACAAUGAAUAACAAUAAAUUGAAGAUGGAGUAAAUUA